AUGGCCCCAGACCCCUCAAAACACAUUCCUCUUGUCCGUCACUCCUCCUCUGGGCAAGGAAAUCGAUUACUCGGGCAUCUAUCAUUUCCCGAGUAUCUUGCCCAGAGGAAGACUGACGGACAUUCCUCCUUCUUCGCCUGGCCUGAGGCUGGUGUGUUUCUUGUGGGCUCCCUUCAGAAAUGGCAGCAGGUUCUCUUGGGUGUGGGAUUGGCUCCUCAGCCAGUGUUGGUGCAGGAGAUGAAGCAGGUGAAAAGACUGCUGGCGUUUCCUACCCUCCCAAGUCAGAAUCCUCGGGGUCAUCCAGACUGUCCACAGUCCUUUACUUUGAGAAGUACAAGAGAUUUCAUGGGCUUUUUCCUUCAAGCUCGCAGAGUAUCGAAUGACCAAGUUGCUGGGUCUUUUGUGUUCAUUCCACCUGGCUCCAAACUACUGCGCUGCUUUGAAGAUGGAGACACAGUGACCCAUUCAGACAAGUCCUUGAAAAGAAAUCUGUCCUUUGUCUGGAAGUCACCUGAUCAGCCUGUGGGAGACAUUAAAUUCUUUGUAUCGAUAGUUCAGUCAUACUUUGUUUAUUGGGCACGAAUUGAAUCCAUUGUCAUCUCUAGUAAUGUGCAAAAUUGGACAUCAGCGAAGCAAGAACUUAAAGUAUCCAACAUGGAGAUGUCUUCUGCAAUAAGUUCAUACCCCAAGCAUUCCAUUACUUCAGCUGGUAUACACAAGACAACUUUAGCUAGCACUGCCAGAACCAAGCCGCCAGAAAUUCUGGUCAACUCUGUUACAGAGGAAAUGAAGCAUGUUUUUCCUAAUGUCACAUCUAUUAUGAAAACCCCUCUGCAGUAUGUCACCAGAAGAAUUAGCAGUGUUCAUGGUCAUGUAGAAGCAGAACUGUCUCUCCAGUAUCAUGGAUCAACAGCCCAAACUGUCAUGUUACAUCAAACUGUCACGAACAUCAAAUCCCAGAAUCUGAACCUAACAUCAACUCACAGCAUAAACAGCAGGACUCAAAACUCACUUUAUAUAAGGCUUACAACUCCUUGUAGCACAUGUGGAGAAGAAAGCAAGCUGGUUUCUCAAGAACUAAAAUUGACCUUACCAAGACCAACAUCUCCUCCUGCCUCCUUUGCUCAACAUACUACUCAGCUUUCACAAACCCAAGAAAUUAUGAAAGAACCUAUGAAGUUCAGCUUCCAGGAUUCGCAGAUUCUCCCUUCUUCUCAUCCUUCCACACAAUAUAAAGUGCUCAAGACCACCAAAGAGCUUUCUGCUAACUUCUUAUAUCAGCCAGAAUCUCCACCUCUAGAAAGAAACACAGAGAUUGGUACUCCCUCAUGGGUAACCAAGUCUAUCCAGGAGUUUGGUGGCCCAACUAAAGAGAGAGAAAAUAAAAGGACAGGGCUGCAACUUGCCAUGACCCAGCUAGGCAUCCUAUUAGGCUGCGCUGUAGUUCUUGGAAUGGCCUUUGCUGCUGGUCUGCGGUGCAUCCAUGCCCAGUACUGCCACAGGAGGACCGAAGUUUCCUUCAGUGAACCAGACAACAAUGUUAUUACACUUAGAGAGAACGGGGAAAUGAUGCAUUUAAAGAAAUUUAGAGAGAACAGUUUUGUGCUUGUUCAAGCAGAAUAUAACUGGAUAACUCCAGCUAUUAGUGGAAAGCCACAGUAA